CCUUUUUACAUCCCAAACCUAAUCAGCAGAUUCCCCAAUUCAUCUUCUCCCUCACAAGCCAAGAAUCUCUUUCCCCUACCAGAGAUUCUCUUUCCAUCUCCAAAAGCUUAUUAAUGAUGCCCUUCUCCAUUUCUUCCAUCUCUUCUCUUUCUGGGUCUCUGUCAUCUAUUGGCUAUUUUCAUUCUUGGCCCCCUUACAAGCUAUGUCUUCUUCUUCUUCUUCAACCACUGUCAACCAUCUUUCCCAGCCUUGCAUUUAUGGUGAUGUUGUUUCUACAUACUCGGAGAGAAAAUCGAGCUUUAUGAAGUGGUUGUGUAAGAUUUUCAAGGGUGGUUCAAGUAGUGGCAGGAGCAGGAGAAGUGGGCAGCCAUCUCUGAUUACAGGAGAUGAAAGUUCUGUUUUGUGCUCUCCUGUUAGAUCAUUGGAUGAUUGCUCUAGAACCAGUAAAGAUAAAGAGGAGAUGGGCCGUGCUGUGGCACGGCCUCUACCCCAAGAUUUGAAGAGACCAAAUGGAUACAGAUGGAAAGACAAUGAUGACCACUUAAGGUCACUUCAUGAUGGCCUUAAUUCCUCAUCACGUCCCCCGUAUGCUCCUCCUUAUGCUGCCCCAAGGGACUAUCAUCCAAGGGGUUAUAGAGUGUGUGGUGGUUGCCACCGGGAAAUUGGCCAUGGCAACUACUUGGGAUGCGUUGGGACUUACUUUCACCCCGAAUGCUUUCGUUGUCAUGCCUGCGGUUAUCCCAUCACAGAAAAUGAGUUCUCUCUGUCAGAGAAGAAGACAUACCAUAAGUUGUGCUUCAAAGAACUCUCACAUCCUAAAUGUGAAGUCUGUCAUCGAUUCAUCCCAAUUAACAAUGCUGGUUUGAUAGAGUAUCGGUGCCACCCGUUUUGGUCUCAGAAAUAUUGCCCUUCACAUGAAUAUGAUCUCACUGCUCGCUGCUGCAGCUGCGAACGUUUUGAAUCGCGGGAUGCAAAAUAUAUAUCACUUGGAGAUGGAAGGAGCUUAUGUAUGGAGUGUAUGGAGUCUGCAAUCAUGGAUACUGGGGACUGCCAACCACUUUACCAUGCCAUUAGAGAUUACUAUGAAGGCAUGAACAUGAAGAUUGAUCAGCAAGUCCCAAUGCUUCUUGUUGAAAGACAGGCCCUUAAUGAAGCUAUAGAAGGGGAGAAAAAGGGGUUCCAUCACUUGCCUGAAACCAGGGGUCUAUGCCUAUCCGAGGAGCAGACUGUUACCAGUGUACAAAAAGGGCCAAGAAUGGGAGGUCGCGGUCUAGUAGGAAUGAGAAAGCAGCCUCAGAGGCUAACCCGAAAAAGUGAGGUUACGGCUAUCUUAGUCCUAUAUGGUCUCCCAAGAUUACUUACUGGAGCCAUUCUAGCACACGAAUUGAUGCACGCAUGGCUUCGCCUUAAAGGUUAUCGCAACCUGAAAACUGAAGUGGAGGAAGGAAUAUGCCAAGUGAUGUCUCACAUGUGGCUUGAGUCAGAGGUGAUGCCUGGUCUUAGAAACUCAAUGCCAUCGACUUCUUCAACAGCUUCAUCCUCCUCCUCAUCAACAUCGUCCAAGAAAGGUAGAAAGUCUGUGUCUGAGAACAAACUGGGAGAGUUCUUUAUGCAUCAGAUAGCUCACGAUACCUCCUCUGCAUACGGAGAAGGAUUCAGAAUGGCUAAUAAAGCUGUGAAUAAGUAUGGUUUGUGGCGUACCUUGAAUCACAUAUAUCUCACCGGGAAUUUCCCUUGAGAUAUAUACCAAACAGCAGUCAAUUCUUCUUCCUCUUCUGGACUGAGUUAUAAUCAUGUGUUAAAAGGCCAGAUUUGCUCCCCCCGUGUUUUUUCUGGGGUCCUUCGAGGAAUGAUGCAGACUUUAUCUAUAUAUUCAUCCCUACCAUUACUAAAAAAAAGUCUUGUAUAAG